AUGGGGAUGACCACGAGAAGCCAGCGGGUGGGGCUGGACCCUCAGCUUCCAGAGCCCCCAGCCCGUCGCCCAUCUCCCAUCCUCGAAGCCGCAAACCCCGCAAUCUCACCCGAAUACCCCAACGUUGAGGACUUUUCUCUCACCGAGGAUGAUUCUCACGAUAAGGAUUACUUUCUCGUCUCAAUCACCUACGACUACUCCACCAUCACAGCCCGAGCUCGUUCGUUCCAAGGAAUAGUGCUUGCUGGGGCCACUCCGCUCCAACUAGCCCAGAAUGGCUUCUAUUACCGACCUUCAGGAGUUAGCAAUAUGGCAUGCUGUUUUGCCUGCCAAUCGACCAAGCACUUAUCCACCUUCCAAUGCACCCCGUUCGAGGAAGUGCAACAACUACACGAGGAAGACUGCAUAUGGCAGAUAAUCUCGUGCGAUUUAAAACACCACCUCGGAACUCCUAACAGACCCCCCUCCCUUAACCACCGCAUUCUCCUCCCCUAA